AUGCUGUCCUUGCUCCUCUGCGUCGUGUCCAUCGCUCUUCCGCGCUUUAUCAGAGCAGAUACUUGUGAGGACUUGACUCUGCAAGAGACGGCAUCAGUAGACCAGCCUACAGCUUUUAAUUGCAUCUACUCUCUGCCAACAUCGGGGAAAGUAGAUGCAAUGUGGUAUAAAUAUCCUAGCAAAAUCCCAAUAUCCAAAAACACACAGUCUAGAAUUCACCAGGACCAAAAUUGGAUUUUGUUUCUCCCCGUGAAAGGGGAGGACUCUGGGAUCUACCAGUGUCUUACAAAUGAUACGGACAUCUGUGUCAGAGUGCAAGUCAACCUUACUGUGUUUGAAAAACAUUGGUGUGGUGCUUCCGGAAACAGUCAACUAAACAUGCCUCACGAGUACAAGCAGAUCCUGCAGGUUGGAAGAGAUGACAUCCUUAUAUGUCAUCUCAACUUCCCAAACACUUUUUAUUUGGAUUCAGUAAAGUGGUAUAAGGACUGUAUAGAGAUAGAAGGAGAACGGUUUAUUUCUCGGGGGAAAAAGCUUUUAGUGAAGAAUGUCUCGUUGGAGGACAGAGGGAACUAUGAAUGUCAAGCCAGCCUCACACAUGCAAAGAAACAGCACACUGUUAUCAAUAGCAUCUCUGUGACUGUCACAGAAAAAGUGGAAAAUGGAGGAAGAAUCCCUCAGAUCAUUUAUCCAAAAAACAAUUCAAUUGAAGUAAAACCUGGCUCCAUGCUCAUUGUCAACUGCAACAUAACAGACACGCGGGACAACACAAACCCACGCUGCUGGAGGGUCAACAAUACUCUGGUGGAUGACUACUACGGGGACUCCAAGCGCAUUCAGGAAGGAAUUGAAAACUACACUGUUUUUCCAGAACAUAUUUUUUACACAGUGAACAUAACCUUCUUAGAAGUGAAAAUGGAAGAUUAUGGUCACCCUUUCAUGUGUCAUGCUGGAGUGUCUGCUGCUUACUUUAUCCUAAAGCUCCCAGUUCCAGAUUUUCAAGUUUACUUGAUAGGAGGGCUUCUCAUCUUGACUGGUGCAGUGGUGUCUGCCAUGUGUAUCUACAACAUUUUUAAGAUCGACAUUGUACUUUGGUAUCGAAGUUCCUUCCAUUCUGCAGGGCCCAUAGAAGAUGGGAAGCUGUAUGAUGCUUAUGUUUUAUAUCCCAAGCCUCAGAGAGAAAGCCAGAGUCAUGAUGUGGACACACUGGUGUUGAAAAUUCUUCCUGAGGUGCUGGAGAAGCAGUGUGGAUACAAGUUAUUUAUAUUUGGCAGGGAUGAGUUUCCUGGACAAGCUGUGGUCAGUGUCAUCGACGAAAACAUCAGGCUGUGCAGAAGACUGAUCAUCGUUAUCGACCCCGACGAGCUGAGCUUUGGCCGAUUAAGGAAUCUGCCAGAAGAACAGAUGGCAGUCUACAGUGCCCUCAUCCAGGACGGGAUGAAGGUCAUCCUGAUCGAGCUGGGCAAAGUCAACGACUACACGGCCUUGCCGGAGUCCAUCCAGUAUAUCAGACAGAAGCACGGGGCUGUCCAGUGGAGUGGGGACUUCACGGAACAGUCCCAGUGUGCAAAGAGCGCGUUCUGGAAAAAAGUGAGGUAUCGCAUGCCUCCCAAGGGGUGGCCACCUUCUCCUCCUGUCCAGCUGCUGAAGCACACGCCCUUUGACCUCACGGCUGGCAAGUGGGAGGCCCGCACGGGAUUCAUCUCCCCUGAUGGAGAGAAUAUCUUCCCAAGCGUUGUGCACAGUUAG